CGUAACUUUUUUAUUUAUGGGGGAUUUGAAUGCCAAAUAAUAAGUUUAUCAAACUAUUUUUCAACAGCAAUAACAUUUUAUUUUAGCAUCAGUGUCAGUGUCUAACUUAUUUUGCUUUUUUAGUUCUAGCUGGGCGCCAUCCUUGUCACUUCAGGACGGCCUAACUAGCAUCAACAUCAAUGAGCUUGCAGCAGCUUUUCGGAAAAAAACGUGGUAAUGGUGGCAUCGUACUGCUCGAGAACGUGUGUAGUGUGUUCUGUGUGUUGUGCGUGAUUGUCUGCGGUGUUGGAAUCGGAACGUUGCAGCGAUGAUUACUCACGCUUACGUUCGAUACCAGGACGACAAACAUUUGGCAAUCGUGCCAGUGGAAGACAUAAAAAAUUUCAAUCCGAAUGAGGAUUAUUCGACAGCCUUCUUUAUGGUCAAAUGGACCGAUUCCACCGGCACAUGUGCCUACUACCGCGCAAGAAUUUUGCGGGUUGGAGAGUCGGAACAAGACUUGAAGGAAAUUGUGUCCCGAAAAAGGGUGCGGGUGAGGCCCCUAAUUGAAGAUUCUGAUCAAGCCAGCGAUGGCGACAGCAAUGUUGCACCAUCGAAGGAACAAGACAAGCCCUCCGAGAGUAGGGAGCGGCUUUUAAAAAUUCUACAAAAAAAGAAAAAAGCUGUGAAGGUCUCACCCUCACAGGAGGCUGAGCUGAAUGAGCUCCAAAAAAAAGUUGCAGAAAUGCAAAAAAAAAUAGAUGCUCAGAACGAGGAACUCGUAGAGCUUCGAGGGCUGAACAGAGAUCUCCAAAAGGAGCUCCUAGUCAAGAUCAGAGAAGGCUCCAGUAGAUACAAAAGUGCAGAGCCUACUGCUCAGUCCCACAGCCCUGGCACCCCUCUGCCACACAGCAUGGACAUCACUCUUCCAGCAGUUAGCAGCACACCAUCCCCCCCUUCAUCACCCACCAGAGAGUGCCCACAUUCUCCCUUGAAGGCGCAAGCUGGUGCAUCAGGCGGUAGCUUGGUUGACAUUGGACAAGGGCUGCGAAUUCCGCUGGAAACAUGGCGUCGUGUGCAGGCUCGGGACAAAGAUUCUUUGUUCAUUAAGGAUCUGCUGGUGACAAUCUGGGAUCCAGCUCAGCUACAAGGACGAUCAUUGCAAGGCAAGCAUUGUCCUCGUUUCCCAAAUCGGCCGAGAAAGGAUCCAUUGACACCAUGGAAGGUGUCUGUCAUGCGAACCUGCUACAAGCGUCGCUUGGAAAAGCAAGGUUUCCCAGACAGUGCGGUCCAAACGCUCAUGAAGCGAAUGAACCAUUAUGUUGGAGAGAAAAUCGCAGGCAUCGACAAGAUGGCAAAGAGGGUGCAGCGUGACUAACCAAUGUGGCUGUAGCAAAGUGCUGGACCUGCAUGGCAAGAUACCGCAUAUUAUGUUUGUAAAUAAAAGAUGUUCUGUUUUACAAUAA